AUGGAACACGGCACCGAUGUUUCGGCCGUUGGAAAAAACGGACAGGCACUAUUGCACCAGACGUCAUGGGAAGGGGAGGUUGAGAUGGCCAAGCUGCUCAUUGAAGGCGGUGCCGAUGUUUCGGCGGCUGACAAAGAGGGGCAGACACCAUUGCACCGGGCUUCAGAAGGAGGGAAUGUUCAAAUGGCUAAAAUGCUCAUUAAUCGCGGUGCCGAUGUUUCGGCGGCUGACAAAGAGGGGCAGACACCAUUGCACCGGGCUUCAGAAGGAGGGAAUGUUCAAAUGGCUAAAAUGCUCAUUAAUCGCGGUGCCGAUGUUUCGGCGGCUGACAAAGACGGGCAGACACCAUUGCACCGGGCUUCAGAACGAGGGAAGGUUCAGGUGGCUAAACUGCUCAUUGAUUGCGGUGCCGAUGUUUCGGCCACUGACAAAGACGGAUGGACACCAGUCCAGCAGGCUUCGAAGAAAGUACGGACGCGGCUAAGCGAAGUGCUAAUAAGUCGUGGUACGGAUUGA